AUGCCGCCUGCUCUUAGUGAUGAGGAGUCUUCCGACGUCGGUGAAUUCACUACGCCCCCGCGUACGAGCCGCACGAAGUCGACCUCGGCUGUUGCAGCGCCUGAACAAAUUCAGGAUGAUGUAAAGUCGGACGGCGGGUCCGAGGGCGAUGAGGAUGACGAGGAUGAUGAGGACCUCGACGAGGACGUGUUUGUUGUUGAAGUUAUCAAGAAGCACCUGAUCGACGAUGAUGGAAGUCUCAAGUUCCAGGUGAAGUGGGAAGGUUACGAAGCCAAGAAAGAUCUCACUUGGGAACCUGAGGAGAACCUCAGGGAAUCUGCUCAGGAAAUCCUCGAUCAAUACCUUAAGAAGUGUGGAGGACGCGAACAGCUUUUUGAACAGACCGAGACUGCUGCGAAGACAAAGAAGCGUCGUCGAGCCACAAACGGCACACCUAGCACUACUUCAACCACCACCAAGCGAUCUCGACGCACCGAGGCGCACCCGGCCGACUCUACACCUCCUACCACAGCGAAGAAAUGGAGCCCGCCUGCGGGUUCGUGGGAAGAUGAGAUUGAAACCAUCGAUGCGUGUGAGGAUGAAGGCAGCGGCAAGUUGAUCGUGUAUCUUAUUUGGAAGAACGGCCACAAGACCAAGCACGACGUCCAAAUCAUCUACAAAAAGUGCCCCCAGAGGAUGCUUCGCUUCUACGAGCGCCAUGUCAAGAUCAUUAGAGAGGAGAACAAGGCUCUUGCAGACGGGGCCGAAAAUUAG